UGGGUAUGAACUAAUCUGUCCGUGCGUCCAAACAGGCUAAAAGGUGAGAGGAGGAGAUCUCAUCUCACUUCCCUUCACUUCACUCUGCAACUUCGAGAUCAAGUUACAACAAGAUUUUGAUCGAAGAUCUUCUCGAUCGUGCAGCUUUUGUAUUCCAAGUUGUUAGCUUUGACGAAAAAGAAUGGCGGCAACAUCACCACUCUACAAUCAGCUCAAGGAUGCUGAACCGUUCUUCUUGUUGGCUGGUCCAAAUGUGAUCGAAUCCGAGGAGCAUAUCCUUCGAAUGGCAAAGCACAUCAAACACAUUGCCACAAAAGUUGGGUUGCCUCUGGUUUUCAAGUCAAGUUUUGAUAAGGCUAACAGAACUUCUUCUAAGUCCUUCCGAGGUCCUGGCAUGGCUGAGGGUCUCAAGAUUCUUGAGAAGGUGAAAGUAGCAUAUGACCUGCCAAUAGUGACUGAUGUUCAUGAAUCGAUCCAGUGUGAAGAAGUUGGCAAGGUUGCAGAUAUAAUUCAGAUACCAGCAUUCUUAUGUCGCCAGACAGAUCUUCUGGUUGCGGCAGCUCAAACCGGAAAAAUUAUCAAUAUCAAGAAAGGACAGUUCUGUGCUCCUUCUGUGAGUUUAUUUCUUCUUACGUGUUUCGAGCUGAUACAAAAAACUUUUUGCUUUGAUGACUGUGUGUAUGAUGAACUCUUUAAGGUAAUGAAUAAUUCGGCAGAGAAGAUCAGACUUGCUGGGAAUCCAAAUGUGAUGGUUUGUGAAAGAGGAACCAUGUUUGGAUACAAUGAUUUGAUAGUAGAUCCACGAAACUUUGAAUGGAUGAGGGAAGCUAAUUGUCCUGUUGUUGCUGAUAUAACCCAUGCACUACAACAACCUGCAGGCAAAAAGUUGGAGGGUGGAGGUGUUGCUAGUGGAGGACUAUGUGAGUUGAUACCCUGCAUUGCAAGAACUGCUGUAGCAGUUGGUGUUGAUGGAAUUUUCAUGGAGGUUCAUGAUGAUCCUCUAAGUGCUCCAGUUGAUGGUCCAACUCAAUGGCCUUUGCGUCAUUUAGAAGAACUCCUAGAAGAGCUCAUCGCCAUUGCUAGGGUCACAAAAGGGAAGCAGCAGUUCCAGAUCGAUCUCACACCGUUCCGCGAUUAGAAUUGAAGAUGCAAGUAAAUGGGCAUGUACGAUAUAUAUGAUAUGCCUCUGCUCACCAUGAAACUGUUAAUAAUCUUUAGAGACCAUGAUAAUGCAUCAUCUGUUUCUUAGACAUAACAUCUACUUGAGCAAAGAGCAUUAUUUGUUUUUGAUUUUAAGAGAAACUGUUAUAAACAUAUAAUAACUAUGAUGGAUUCUGUUUA